UCCCUCACAGCCAGAUCUAAGGACAUGCCUCAUUCACUCCUGCUGCACAGGUUUAAAGGGACUGCAAACAGGGAAAGAGUGAAACCCAGAGAGGUGUAGGGGGAUUUUAGCAGCUGCAGGAGAGCAAAAGAGGUGAAAAAAAGUCUUUUCACUUUUUCUAAGAGAGGUAGAAAUAGAGAGAGAUUGUGAAGGAGUGAAGCAAGAGAAAGAAGAAAAGUCUUCAGGACUGGGACUACCCAGGAGUGGGAGGUUCCUCUUGGAGGUUAUAGAGAUUUCCAGCUGCUUCCUCUCCUCUCUGCUGGGAGUCAGACCUCCAGGAUCCAGAGCCAUGGAGCCCUCUGUGUCACCCGAGGUCGAGGGGGAGCCCAAGGAGAGGAAGAAGAUCCAGUUUGCUGUGCCAGCCAAUGCACCCACCAACCUGGAUCCACGGCAAGUGGAGAUGAUCCGACGCCGGAGGCCAACACCCGCCACACUGUUCAGAGUAGCCGACCAGUCAUCUCCUGAGGAUGAUCAGUCCACCCAUCAGGUAAAGUGGGUUGUAGGAGAGAAUGGAGUCCUCAAACCAAAACGAGUUAAUCCAAAUGUGUAUCAGCCACCAUCACUCAAAGCUGUGCAGAAGAUGGCUGAAGCGCAUAUGCAGAAACUAGGUGUCUACCCUCCCUUGGAAGACCCUUGUGAAGGGGAGGAGGAUGAGGACUACUUGAAGGGAGAGGAGGGAGAGGAUGCAGCUCCCACCAAAGCUGCUGAUCGCCAAGAGACAGCUGCCACUGAGCAGUCAGACAAGUUUUCCAGCGUGAGAGAGACGGCCAAGCAGAUACAACCAGCACAGGAGGAAGAUGAGGAGGAAGAAGACAUGAAGGGGGACAAAACUGAAGCCAUGACAGAGGAGAACAGUUGUGGGAGUAACUGAGAGAGAAAGAUAGCGCGGGGAGAACGUUUGAAGGGAAGAUGUGGGGAGACUCAUGGUGGUUAAAAUCUGAAGAACUCAGAAAAAUCAAGAAAUGGGUUGUGUGUCUUUUUAAAUGUGUGUAGUCUGAAUACACAGAUGAGAUGACAGCUGUCAGUAAACUGAGCGAUGGAUUCUUUCGUGACCUUAAACAUGUGAGAAAAGGUUCUUGUAAUACUUCACCUCGAAAGGGUGGUUUUGAAAACGAGGACGAAGAGGGAGUUUUUGUAUUAGUCAGCCUUUAUGAGCAGGUGAGGAGUGAUUUACUGACAGAGCAGACUACAGAUGCUACUUUGGCCCUGGUGUCCUUUUGUUUAUAAUGACAGUGGAAGGGCCAAGGUCAGCGUGACCAAAAACCCUGCAAGACCAGACCUUCAAAGAAGGCUAAAAUGGCCACAAGGAAUACAAAGUUGACAUUAUCUUUCUCGGGUACAUUUGAUUAAAAAAAACAAACAAAAACAAACUGUCCUGUAUUACCCUUUGUAAAAACACUUGAAGGUCUUUAAAUGUGUGCGGUACGUGUUCCAUUUUACUUUGAAACCACAGCCUACAUCGUUUGUUUUUUGAUUUACAGCACCCUCAGUGUUUAGUUCUUUGUGUGUGCUGCCAUCUUGUGGUAAAAAAUACAAAUGACAGGUUAAAGUGCUACUGCGGCUACUUAAAGUUAAAAUCCAUAAUUCAAAUUCUGUUUUGAUGCGAUUUAUAUUCUGCAUUUUCAACAACAGCCUUUUAAUUUUGCUGUAUCUGAGCUUCAUGUUGCCAAAUCUUUGAUCUUAUUGAUUAUAUCUUUAGCCUCUUGGAAGCUUGAAUGGCGGUUGUUGCCAGUGUUAUUUGUCACUGACAACAACAGAAGUCUUCAGCUUUCAUUAAAAUCAUCAAUUAUUUCAUUUCUAUAUAAUAAUCUACUUUUAUUCUUGCUCUUUAUGCUCAGCAUUUACCAAACAGUCAUGCUGUAGUCACUGAGUUUACGUUAAAACAAUUUGCAAUUUGUUCAUGCUUAGAUCAAUGUAUGACUCUUUUAGUUCAAAAAUCUUUAUCUGAAAUUAUAUGAACUCUGCAUUUAGCCUUGUUUUUUUUCUUUUAAACCUAAAUUUAAAAUCAGUCUGUGAAGCUACCUCCUAUUUUUCAAAAACACCCAUUUGCUGCCUCUGUGCAUGGCACAUUUGAACGGGAUUCUUCAGAAACUUAUUGGGGAAAUUUAAAAAAAUUAAUUGAAAAAUAUUUUCAUUUCUAAUCUAGGAUAUCUCCCUUUUGUAUGCUGACACUUUUGUAAUGUUAGCUUUUUCUCAUUCCCUAAUCGUCUGUUGAAAGAGAUAUUUUUCUAAUCCAAAAUCCAGUUUAUGGGGAGCACUGCUUAGCACUAUCCUGCUUCUGUUACCUAUAUCCAAAUACACAAAUGAACCACAACAACUACUGUGCGACUGACAUUUGGUAGACUUCCUUCAGCAACGAAUUCAACUUUGUUUAACUGACAAAGCAAACCUAAUGAUAAAAUUUCUAGUUGUGCCACAGGAUGAAUAAAUCUCGCUGUUUCUAUCAUCUAGGCUGCUGUUUGUAAAUAAAACUUUGUGAGACUUUUUCAACCUGUGACCUGCCUAAAUUGUGGGAUGACUGGAUGAGCAGGUUAUGUGUGCUGAGGCUCUUCAGCCAAUAAUGUCCUCCCUCCUUCUUUAUAACCACCCCCCUCCUCAUCCCAGGUCAGAAGAAACAAUCGUGGAAAGACAUGUACGAAUGCUUAAUCUGUGUUUAUUUUUCUUUUUUUCCAUUCUGUUGUUUCUCAAUGUGAUGUGGUUGUUUUGAAGUGAGCAACUGUAUGAUAUCGAAAUAAACAAUUUUUCCUUUCUCUUUUAAUCCAACCUAAAUCUUA